AUGGGCCAUCAAGCAGAUGCAAUCCCCUGGAAGAGCCUGGCGUCGACCCUUGAGUGGACGUUCGAGGCAGAGUGUUGUUUCGGCGCCACCAACUUCCACCCGCGAUGGUUCGAUAACCGGCAGGAGAUCUUCAUCCAAUUCGUUGACUCUCUUACCGCGAGGAUCCGGAAAUGCGCAACGCAGGAACGUCUGAAAUUCCCCGAGAGGAUUCAGAGCACAUCGCCAGAGAAUAUUGUGAUUAGUGAUGGAGUGGCUGAGAAGAUCAACCCGACUAUUGAGGCGUGGCGGAGGGACCGUGAGCUUCGUUGCAAGCUCUAUUCGAUGGAUGAGCCGGAGUGGGAGGAGCUUCCGAACCCGGCAGACCGAGGAGAAUUUGAAAAGAUGCUCUAUCAACGCGGCCAUGACGGCAUGGAGUAUCGUCAUGUACUUCCGAUCGACCAGCGUAAGAUGGAGGCUUUCUUGCACGAGCACACCACGAACGAGUGCCGAACCCUUUUUGAGACCAACGGCCCGGCAUUGUUUAGUGCCGAAGUAGCCAAGACGCUCCUGAUGCGUGGGGAGAUGGAAACACUUCUCCGGAUCUGCUCCCACCCAGAGGCAGUUAUCCGGACAUGGUGGGAUGCGCCCCGAUGUGGGUGCUCUAGGAUAGGCUGUUGCAAUCCCUCCGAGGAGAUUAGCUGGAGGAGGAUGCACACUAGUGCCCUGAUGUCGUACAUUGUGUUAAACGUCCUGUCUUACUUCCCUGACCAGUUGGGAAAGGGCUCUCAGUAUCCAGCUCCCGAGAAGGACUACCGCCGCUCCAAGGCAUACCAGAGCAUGGUGAUACACGCAACCGAGCAUAGAUGGACAGCUGAUGUCAGUCAGAUCCCUCACCGGCUGUUCUUUGGCCUUGAGAGAGGUCAGCUGAGCCCAGUACCCAAAAAUACGGAUGAUGGGCCUGACGAUGGGGAUAUCUCCCCCGAAUAUCCAUUCAUGUCGAAAGGGUUCAUGCCCUACGACCAGUUCUUGAACUGCCAAUCCGAAGCAAAGGGUCAUCUGCCUACUGCGGUUGACAUCGCCCAGGUCAGGGCGGGACUGGUCAACCAGACGCAGCUCCCGCCUGAGCUCGUCAACGACAUUCUGGUGGAAGCGGACUAUGACACCCCCCAGAGCCGGCUGCGCGUCCCGCACCAUCCCUUCCACGCUGACAAUGCGGAGGAUCUGAAGACGUACAUUGAGUACUGUUGGGCUAUACUUGUGCGGUGUGAGAUGGUUGCGAGGGAACUGGGGGAGGAGAUUAGUUGGCAGAAUGAUAUUACUCGGGUCGUGAAUGCUUGCUUCAACUGCUAUCGCGGGCCGAGGAGCUUGGGUGCGGUUCACUCAGGGCGGGGGAUUGGUCCUGGUUCUGGGCGGGAUCUUUUGAUCCAGUAUCAGAUGAUACGGAAGACUGAUUAG